CAUUCUCUUCCUAGUUCAUUCAGUCUUGAGGAUGACCAGAAAAAUCUUCACCAACAGCAGGGAGAGGUGGAGGCAACAAAAUGUCAACAGUGCCUUUGCCAAGCUGAGGAAGCUAAUCCCCACCCAUCCUCCUGACAAAAAGUUGAGCAAGAAUGAGACUCUUCGCUUAGCCAUGAGGUACAUCAACUUCCUCGUCAAGGUCCUUGGGGAGCAAGGGUUGCCGCAAACAGGUGUGAAUCCACGAGAAACGAUACUGGGCCUGUUUCAGCAGAAUCCACAUUUGGAACACAUGGAAAAACUGACUCUCCUUGAAGACUCUGAGGUCCCUUCUCCCAACACAAGCAGCAACAUCCCAGAAUGCUGGUCAGAAACAUCAUCUCCAUAA